AUGGACUCGCUGUCCGGUACCGGGCCUCGCCGGGCUCGCGGCAGUCUCGGCACGCCGAUCCCGGAGCCUGGCCCCACGUCUGUGCUGCAGUCCUCGGGCCGCGCGGCGCGAGCUCCGUCGCAACCUUGGGCGCGCUUCUCCGCCUGGCUGGAGUGCGUGUGCGUGGUCACCUUCGACCUGGAGUUGGGCCAGGCGCUGGAGCUGGUGUACCCGAGUGACUUCAGACUCACGGACAAGGAGAAGGGCAGCAUCUGUUUCCUGUCCUUCCCUGAUUCGCACUCAGGCUGCCUCGGGGACACCCAGUUCAGCUUCCGCAUCCGCCAGUCGGGGCGGCCUCGGAGCCCUUGCCAUGCUGACGACAGGCAGUAUAGCAGUGGAGCCCCCGUGUCCCUGCAGCGGGAGCCGGCACACUACUUCGGCUAUGUGUACUUCCGUCAGGUGAAGGACAGCUCCGUGAAGAGGGGCUACUUCCAGAAGUCUCUGGUGCUGGUGUCCCGCCUGCCCUUUGUCAGGCUGUUCCGAGCGCUUCUGAGCCUGGUCGCCCCUGAGUACUUUGACAAGCUGGUGCCCUGCCUGGAGGCUGUGUGCAAUGAGAUUGACCAGUGGCCAGCCCCCAUACCAGGGCGGACCCUGAACCUGCCUGUCAUGGGGGUCGUCAUCCAGGUGCGCAUUCCGACCAGAGUAGACCAGCUUGAGUCCAGCCCUCCGAAGCAGUGCAGCCAGGAGAACCUGCUGCCUGCCCCCGUGGUCCUCACCAGUGUCCACGAGCUAGACCUGUUCAGGUGUCUGCAGCCCGUGCUGACCCUCGUGCAGACACUGUGGGAGCUCAUGCUUCUUGGGGAGCCCCUGGUGGUCCUGGCACCCUCACCCGCCAUGUCCUCAGAGAUGGUGCUGGCCCUGACCAGCUGCCUGAGGCCUCUCAAGUUUUGCUGUGACUACCGCCCCUACUUCACCAUCCACGACAGUGAAUUUCGGGAGUUCACCACACGCACACAGGCCCCACCAAACGUGGUCCUGGGAGUCACAAACCCUUUCUUUAUCAAAAUACUCCAGCACUGGCCCCACAUUCUCCGGAUCGGGGAGCCGAAAAUGUCAGGGGACCUUCCUAAGCAGGUGAAGCUGAAGAAGCCCUCCCGCCUGAAGACCCUCGACCCCAAGCCAGGUCUGUACACGGCAUACACGGCCCACCUGCACCGGGACAGGGCGCUGCUGAAGCGGCUGCUCAAGGGUGUGCAGAAGCAACGGCCAGUGGACGUGCAGAGCGCGCUGCUGAGGCGACACCUCCUGGAGCUCACACAGAGCUUCAUUUUCCCCCUGGAGCACUACCUGACCAGCCUCAUGCCCUUGCAGAGAAGCAUCACGCCCUGGAAGACGCCUCCCCAGAUCCGCCCCUUCCGCCAGGAUGACUUCCUGCGCAGCCUGGAACACACGGGGCCCCAGCUCACCUGCAUCCUCAAGGGCGACUGGCCGGGCCUGUACAGGCGGUUUUUCAAGUCCCCCCAUUUUGAUGGCUGGUACCGGCAGCGGCACAAAGAGAUGGCGCAGAAGCUGGAGGCACUGCACCUGGAAGCAAUCUGCGAGGCGAACAUCGAGGCCUGGAUGAAGGACAAGUCCGAAGUGGAGAUCGUAGACCUGGUCCUGAAACUUCGGGAGAAGCUGGUACGGGCCCAGGCCCACCAGCUCCCGGUGAAGGAGGAGACGCUGCAGCGGGCACGGCUGUACAUCCAGACGGUCAUCGGCUCUCUGCCCAAGGACCUGCAGGCGGUGCUGUGUCCUCCCUGA